AUGGAGAACGUAUCUGGAAAUGAUGGUCGUUGUUGUGGCAAAUGCGAUCGUCCGGAAUCCGCGGAUAAUAUGGUUUGUUGUGAUGAAUGCGAUGUUUGGGUUCAUUUUGGUUGCGCUGGUGUUGGAGAUUCGAUUGCAGAACCCGGUCGUGUUUGGAAGUGCGAUCAGUGCAGAAAAGAUGUACCUACCGAACAAUCGGUACACUUGAGCCAAGGUUCGGCAGCCCUAAGUAGACGAUCACAGCGUCUGCAUUUGAGUUUACAGUUACUCGAAGAACAGCGGGAAAUGAAGAAGAAGCAAGCUGUAGAAGAGGAGGAGUAUUUGAAGAAGAAAUAUGAUCUCUUGAUCCAGAUAGAAGAAAAUGAUAAUGUGAGUACCAGAAGAAGCGAAGUAAGUGCUAAAUCUAGACGUGAAAGAGUAGAAGGUUGGAUUAAUAAAGGAAACACGACAGCGGAAGGCGCCAGAUCGGUUAGAACUCAGUCGAAUAAUCUAGCCUCGACUCAGUUAGGUGCUAGUGGAGAGGAAGCAAACAUAGCUUUGGAGACACAGUCAGUCCCGAAGAGUCUAGCACCGCUUCCACAAAGUUCAUCCACCCCAAAGACGUCGGCUCCUACACUAGGAACAGCAUCAGCUAUUGUCACCGAAUCACCUCGACAAACUUUCGUCACCAGCGAAAUUGGAAAAUCAGCGCCAGUUGACCAAAUGUUCCGGGAUGUGAAUACCCCCGCCAUAGUUGUAAAGGCUGCCCUACCAUCUACCGCGACGAUUACGUUUUCAUCAGACCAGUUGAUUCAGUCAUCGCGCCAAAAUAUAUCCUCCGCUCAGCAGAUGAAACCGCUUCAAAAUGCCACCGUAUAUGAUGAAAGUUCUUCGCGUCCAGCACCUUUGAUGUCGACGUAUUAUGUCCCAACGAGAAACAUUUGCGAAAUGACCAAUUCGAACAUUCGUUCCACGCGUGAUAUGAGAAACGCAUUCAGUCAAUAUAAUUCAUCGACAUCGCAGUCGCGAACAUUCUGCCCAAACCAGCCUCCGUAUGUGCAGUCAAUAGCGAACGAAGUAAGACCUGGCUGGCCGGUUCAUACGAUUCAACAAGGGCCAACCAACUCGCAACUGGCAGCGCGGCAAGUAUUGUCUCGGGAGUUACCGAUCUUCUCUGGUGAUCCAGAAGAUUGGCCCAUGUUUUACAGCUCCUUCAAAAAUACAACCGAAGUGUGUGGCUACAGCGAUGCAGAGAAUCUUGCCCGACUUCAACGGUGCUUACGAGGACAUGCUCUGGAAACUGUGAAGAGGCGACUUCUUCUACCAGCUUCUGUUCCAAAUGUAAUGGAAACCCUGCACAAAUUGUACGGCCGUCCGGAAAUUUUAAUCAACUCCUUGUUGAAGAAGCUUAGAAGCGUUGCUCCGCCGAAGGCGGAAAGUCUCGGUACAAUAAUCACCUAUGGACUGGCAGUCCAGAAUUUAGUGGAUCACUUAAUAAUUGCUGGGCAGCAUGCACAUCUUUGGAAUCCUAUGUUACUCCAAGAGAUGGUGGAGAAACUACCCGCUUCCAUCAAAAUCCAGUGGGGUUGGUUCAAGCAGACACGAGAGAAUGUCAACCUGGCGACGUUCAAUGAAUUUAUGGCAGGCCUAGUGAAUCUAGCGUCUGAUCUAACGCUGAACGUAGAAUAUACUCCGAAUUCAACGAAAUCAUCGAAAACAGAGAAAGCGAAACAGAAAGAAAGUUUGUUUGUCCAUUCUCAAGAAUCAUCCGACGUGAACGAAAAAUCCGAGUCGAUAAUAAAAGUAUGCUCGUAUUGCGACAGUCCCAGUCACCGUAUUCUCGAUUGCCUCGAUUUUCAAAAGUUAGAUAUCGAUGGGCGAUGGAAAGCAGUCCGUCUGAGGAAUCUCUGUCGCACUUGUUUAAUACCACACCGAAAAUGGCCCUGUCGGUCGAAGAAGGAGUGUGGACAAGAUGGAUGUCGUAUCCACCACCAUCCAUUGUUGCACAGUGUUUCGAAAGUAUCAAGUGAUCCCGUAGCAUCGACCAGCUAUGAUCGAACGGUUUAUCAGAAUCACCAUUCGAACCAUUCAUUUUCUUUCUUUCGAUAUGUUCCGGUGACCAUAGUUGGAAACGGGAAGCAAACUGACAUUUUCGCAUUUCUGGACGAAGGUUCCAGUUCGACACUUCUAGAAGCAGAAGUAGCUGACCGCUUGGGAAUUAAGGGUCCGAUGAAUCCAUUGAUAUUAGCAUGGACAAGUAAAAUAACACGCGAGGAGAAAAGUUCGCGUAGUAUUAGCCUCACUAUUUCUGGAAAGGGACUGACGAAAAAGUACGCAAUCGAGAACGUUCAAACAGUGCAUAAGAUGGAACUUCCAAAGCAGUCGAUGUGCUAUGAGGAAUUAGCAGAACAGUUUCCAUAUCUUAGAGGUCUGCCAGUUAAAAGUUAUACUAACGUGGCUCCACAGAUGAUUAUCGGAUUAGAACAUGUAAGACUAUUAACUUCGUUGAAGCUGCGCGAGGGAAACAGUUGCGGUCCAAUAGCUGUUAAAACAAGGCUGGGUUGGUGUGCGUUCGGGAGACAAGCUGGAGCAGGAAAAAUGGUAGAAAGGGUGAACCUUCAUUAUAGCAUCAGCAAUCAACGUCUUCACAAUCUCAUGAAACAUUUUUUUCUGGUAGAGGAGAGCACGGUGACUAGUAAGCCAGAGGCAGAGGCUGACAAACAAGCAAUUGAAAUUCUCAAUCGAACCGUUAAACGAAAGGGAAAUUAUUUCGAGUCUGGAUUACUCUGGAAAUACGAGAACCCAGUGUUUCCCAACAGUUUACCGUUGGCGCAGAAAAGGUUGGCGAGUUUCGAAAAGCGAUUGACACGUAAUCCUGUAUUGAGAGAUAUGGUGAAACAGCAGCUCGAGCAAUAUCAACAGAAAGGCUAUGCACACAAAGCAUCGAAAGGCGAAUUGGAGAAUACGGAUGAACGAAGAGUAUGGUAUCUACCAUUGGGAGUAGUCACGAAUCCGAAUAAACCUAACAAGAUACGUCUAGUAUGGGAUGCUGCAGCGAGAGUGAAUGGAGUAUCGUUCAAUGAUAUGCUCCUGAAAGGGCCGGACCUACUAAAUUCUUUACCGGUAGUGUUGACCCGCUUCAGACAAAAAACAUCGCAGUGA